GACAAAACAAAAGCUUCAGCCCUCUUUCUACGAGUUCCCGUACUAAUCGAGAUUUUAAAAAUUCGUGAAUUCCAUAAAAUCGCGCAUCGCCUACGACGGGCAACAUUCAACUCUUUUGGGAAGGUUUUUCUGGUUAAUUGAUUCAGAGUUUGGCGGAUUAAUGGAACAAGGUGAGAAGAUUUCUGAUUUUGCGCCGAAGAAGUUGGCGAGGCAAUUGGAUUUCACCGUUUGCCGAGCAUCGGCCAACGCCAUAUUGUCGGAGCAGUCGAUAAAGUCACACUCACAGCCGCAACAGUCACAGUCACAUCCGAAAUCGCAGAAGGAAGUGGAAUUGCAAGUAGCGUCACUGCCACAACCACAGCCACAGCCACAUGUACAAUUGCAGUUACAGCCAGAGUCACAGCUACAAGUGCAAUGGCAGAUAAGAUCACAGCCACAGGUAACGCCGCAAUGGCAAGCACGACCGCAGCAGGCGGCCAUGAUGCAUCGGAUACCACACCCGGUGCAAAAACUUCAAAUGCCGACACCACAUAUGGCCAAGCAAGAAUCGCCUAGAUCACAACCGCGUGGUAACAAUGAAGCAAAAGAUGGUACUCCAAAGAAACACAAGCAGUGUAAUUGCAGAAAUUCCCGAUGCUUGAAGUUGUACUGUGAGUGCUUUGCAGCUGGAAUUUUUUGUGAUGGGUGCAAUUGUGUAAAUUGUCAUAAUAAUGUGGAGCAUGAGGCUGCUAGGAAAGAGGCUGUUGAAACAACCCUAGAGCGCAAUCCACACGCAUUCAGACCAAAGAUUGCUAGCAGUCCACAUGCAUCUCAGGAUGCUAGGGAAGAUGCAAGGGAUGCUCAACUGGCAGUAAAGCAUAAUAAAGGAUGUCACUGUAAGAAAUCAGGAUGCCUCAAGAAGUAUUGCGAGUGCUUCCAGGCCAAUAUUCUGUGCUCUGAAAAUUGUAAAUGUUUAGACUGCAAAAACUUCGAAGGAAGUGAAGAACGAAGGGCUCUUUUUCACGGGGAUCAUAAUGCUAUUGCCUUCAUGCAAAGAGCAGCCAAUGCGGCAAUUAGUGGGGCCAUUGGUUCAUCUGGAUAUGGGACUCCUCUGGCAAUGAAAAAGAGAAAAUGUGAGGAACUCUUAUUUGGUGUAGCAGCCAAAGAUCAAUCCAUCAAAAGGAAUGCACCUUGUCAGCAGGAACACCAUCUACGAAAUUCUGCUGUCUCUCCGAUUCAAUCUGUUCCUGUUUCUCGUUCCACUAAUACAGCCAUAUCAGGAUCUUCAAAAUUCACGUAUAGAUCUCCAUUAGCAGACAUCCUUCAACCACAGGAUAUGAAAGACCUAUGCUCACUUUUGGUUGUAUUUUCAUCAAAAGCUACUAUGACUCUCACAGAAAAAAUAGGCGAAAUGGAUACAAAAACACAGAGAAACAAUACUAAGACUGAUGUUGCUUCAUCCACUCAAGAGAUUGAGGAUUCUAAGCAAGGAAAUGCAUUUAAUAAUGGUGCCCCUAAUGAUCCUUCAAUUGGGAACAGCAUGGAUGUGGAAGAAAGAAGUGGUUCUGGAGCAGAUGGCUGUGAUAUGCAAAAUGAGAGGCCAUUGUCUCCUGGAACACGUGCAUUAAUGUGUGAUGAAGAAGAUACAAUGUUUAUGGCAGCUGGGUCACCAACUGGAUUGGCAGGCUGUUGUCCAAGCACAACUCAAAAAUAUAAUGGGCAUGAAUGCACAAGGAUUUAUGCAGAGCAAGAAAGGAUCAUCUUAACUGCCUUUCGGGAUAUUCUCAACGAUCUCAUAACUGUUGGAAGCAUAAAAGAAACAAUGUGCUCGCCAAAGAGGUUAGAACCCGUAGAAAAUGGCACCAUGAAAGCUGGAAUGGAGAUGAAGAAUCACAAGGAGCCUUGUGGCAAUAGCACUGGAAAACCUAUACUGCCAGCAGCCGUGGAAUUGUCUCAGACUCCCGCUACAAUAACUUCCACUUGUAAGAAUGAUCUGCUGAUGAAGGUUGGCUUGCCCAUUGAAAAUGAGAAAAUGGAUUCAUAG